AUGAUGCGUUUGGCGCGAUUCACUCAGAGUUUCUCGUUUAACAAAAAUGCGGCCAAGCAUCGCGGCAGCGGCAGCAGCAACGGAAACGGGACCGGAAACGGAAACGGAAACGGCCAGGGGUUAGGUGGCACCAACGGCCUGGCAGCCAGUGGCGGCGUUGGAGGGGGCGGCGGGAGUGGGAGUGGCAGCGGCAGCGAGGGCGGCGGCAGCGGCAGCGGAAGUGGGAGUGGCAAGCGGAAAUCAAAGACAAGAACAAAGUGCUUCGGUGGCACAGUGUUUCGGUGUUGCCUCCCUUGUCGCGGGGGCGGCUCCGCAGCCCCCGCCACAAGUCCGCCCCAAACACCCGCCCAAUCGCCGGAGGAUUUCAAGGCCAUUGGCGGUCCGGAGGAUACGAGCAGCGGUGCUGGUGGUGCUAGUGGUGCGGAAAAGCCCAGAGAGCAGAAGCAGAAGCAGAAGCAAAGCAACCAGAAGGAGGACUCGGAUCUGCUGAAUCGCAGCGAAUCCGAGCUGGAUCUGUACGGCGGCGGCCAGAAGAAGCACUCGCUGGCGGACACCAUCGACACAUCGGUCACCACACCGAUCUCCCUGAAGACCCUCAUCAACGACGUGGACGAGGAGCUGGACCAGCAGCUGAGUGCGGCGGACAUAGCGGCAGCCAGCUUGGCCAGCGGUCUGGUGGCCCGCCGAGCGGAACCGGAAACGCUGAGCGACGCCAGCGUCUCACCCACCGCGGUGGUGCAGCAGCAGCAGCAGCAGCAGCCACUCUUGCAAUCACAGCCAUCACAGCCACAACCCAAUUUGGUGCCCAGCAGCGGCAACAUCCUCAGCCAGGUCACCCUGUACAGCGGCACGAAUCCCGGCCAGAAUCCAGGCCAAAAUCAGCAGGCCAAUCCCAGUCCCAAUUCGAACUCAAACCAAAAUCCCAACCAGAAUCAACAGCAGAAUCGCUGCAGCUGCCAGCCGCAGACUUCCCCACUGCCGCAUAUCAAGGAGGAGGAGGAGUCCGAGCAGCAGGCCAACUUCAAGCACCAGUCGAGCCUCAAGGAGCAGCAGCAGCAACUGCCGCCGCCGAUCACCAUAGCCAGCGGCUACUGUGGCAGCUGCGAGAGCGUCCACCACUCGUCGGCCACCUCGUCGUCGGCGGGCACAGUGCCCACUGGUAGUCAGCAGCCGCAGGAGUACAUUGCAGGUACCUCCUCGACCCCCUCGCCGCGCAUCAAACUAAAGUUCCGCAAGCCGCACAAGUCCUGCUGGUCGCGCAUCGUCCUUGCGCCCAUUGGAUCGACGGGCGGCUCCUCGUCGGCCACCACUGUCAUCGGCAGCAACUCGAACGAGACCUUGGCCUCCAGCAGCACCACCGGCGGCACAGCCACCCAGAACAGCACCCAGAACAGCAGCAGCGUCAGCGUUGCCGCCCACCACCGGCUGACCUCGUCGUCGGCCUCCGCCCUCGCCUCCUCGCACCCCAGCAACUCGCAGCUGCUGCCCACCAGCAAAAUGCAGGCGGAGCAGGGGUCAAUCGGCGACCUGCAGAAGUACCACAGUCGGUACCUCAAGAAUCGUCGCCAUACGCUGGCCAACGUUCGGUGA